GUCAGCGCAACAAGUUUGCAUAUGCGAGCUUGAGUCGGUCGGGUGGAGAGGGGCUCCAGCUGUCGGUGCGGUACGGACCGCUGCGCCUCUUGGCAGCCUGCUGCAGCGCAGGUGCUAGUAGCUCCAGCCCGGGCGCCCGGGCACCGGCCCCCGGAGUCCCUCCACUCCAUGCCACUGACUGCUGGACGCGUCCCCCGCACAACCGCUGAAUGACGGGAAACCUGGAACUGAUCCUGCAGGGGUCCUGCUCGUGAACCUCACAGCCUGGGCACCCAUUGGUCGGUCCCUCCUCCAAGCAGUGCUGCCUCCGUCUCAUCACCCGCUGGCAGUCCAUGUCCGCAGCUGUCAUCUGUCUUUCCCGCUCCCAAGUGACAAGUCCCAAACCCCCCGUACGCUUUCAUCACACGCCCACGCCCACGCCCACGCCCGCCCCCGCGUGGCAAUUCCGUCCAGCCCCAACUACCACCGAGGCCGAAUCGAGUAAUCCUUCGGCUUCCAAUUCUCUGCACCACCCGGACGCGCUUCGCCUCCCGUGCCCGCCCCCCCGACCCCAAGCCACGGCCGCUGUGGUGGCUGCUCGUCAAUGGACCCCGUCUCGCUCACGGGGCUGGCCAUCGGCGUCGCCUCGCUCGGCCUCCAGGUCUACACGGGCUGCAUCCAAGGCACACCUCACCGUCGCAUAUCCGCUCCCGGCCCCGCGCGCUUGCUAACACUCCCCUCUCACAGGCAUCCAGCUGCUCGUCACCGCCCUCGGCUACGAUGAAGAGUGCAAGUACCUCAACCUGCGCCUGCGCAUGGAGCAGCAGCGCCUCUUCGCCUGGAGCGAGACGUCGGGCCUGCUUGACCUUGACGCCAACAACCACGAUAAGAUCCUAGACUCCAACAUCUUCAACCUGCACCGCCAGACCGUCCUCGACCUGCUCGUCCAGGUCCAAUGCCUCUUUGACGAGUUUACCGCCCAUCAGCGUCGUCACAAUAACCUCAAGCCCGUCCGCGAUGACGACAAUGUCCUCGCUGCCCCCGACAAGGAUGCCCGCCAGGCCAGCUUCCCCAUGUCGCCGCGCAAGCGCGACUUCAUCAAGAAGGCCAUGGCUGGCCUGAAACUCAAGUCUGAAGGCGGCUGGAUGCGCCUGCGCUGGGUCUCAUUCGACAAGGAGGCGUUCGAGAAGCUCCUCGCCAAGUUCUCGGCGCUCAACGACAACAUGACCAACAUCCUCGACCACUCCCUCCAGGUUGAGAUCCGCGACACCGUGCAGGACACCAACCGCGGCGUCCUCCUCCUGCACCACAAGGUUGCCGACUUGAGUCAUCUCGUCCUCGCCCUCAAGUCGCAGCUCGAGGCGGGCAGCCCAGGCAUCCAGCGCACCGGCAGCCUGCUGAGCGCCCCUCUGUCUUCGACGCCCAUGUCCAAGCUCGAGCGCGAGGUCGGCCUCAAAGCCCUCCUGCAGCUCUCCAACCUGGCCAAGUUCAAGGCUUUUAAUGAGACAAUCGACCCCAAGUCUGGUCUGGCACCGACCAAAGGGGACGUGGCAGCGUACCAAUUCCUCGACCUCGCGAGCCCAGCCCAGCCGCGCAACGUGCAGGUCCCGCGGAACCUGGUCGAGCUCGACCCGGAGGUGGACGACUGGGAGUCGCCGCGAUGCGAAGCGCUCUUGACAACGGCCGAGGGCACCAAGAAGAGAGUGUGGAUAGAAUGGAAAGACUACGACAGCGCCGGCCAGCAUCCGGAUUCGCUGUCAAAAAGGGACAUUGUCGACCGCGUCCGCAAGCUGGCAUGCCUGUUGAACCACAGCCCAAAGCCGGAGGCGUUCCGCACGCCGCACUGCCUUGGCUUCUUUGACAAGGCCGAUCCCGACACGCCCGACGAGGAUGUCGACGUCAUCGACCGGCGGCUCGGACUCAUCUUCGAGCGGCCUCAUGACGACCAGCUGCACGCCUCGCUCCCGCCAGUAUCGUUGCACGACCUGCUACGAGACACGUCGUCGGUCCGCAAGCCGCGCGUGACGGAGCGUGUGCGACUUGCCCACGCGCUGAGCAACUGCGUGCUCUACCUGCAUGCCGUCAACUGGCUGCACAAGGGUCUGCGCAGCCACAACGUACUCUUCUUCCGCGCUCGUGGCGGCGGCGGCGUUGGCGUCGACUACAGCAGACCCUACCUCUCCGGGUUCGACUUUUCGCGGCCGGGCGGCCCCGAGGAGAUGACAGACGCCCCGGGCGACGACGCCGAGCACGACCUCUACCGGCACCCGCGAACGCAGUCGAACCGACGUGGCAGCGGCAGCAAUGGCGACAAGGAGGAAGAGCGGGAGCGGUCCAAGAAGAGCUUCGACGUGUACAGCCUGGGCGUCGUGCUGGUGGAGCUAGCGCACUGGCGGACGGUGGACGAGGUGCUGGCCCUGGACAUGCGCCGGGCGCGGGGCGACAAGGAGGUCGUGCGGAGGGUGCGCCAGCGGCUGCUGGCUGAGGACCGCGUCGCUGACUUGGGGGCCGAGAUGGGCGAGAAGUACGAGGAGGCGACGCGGGCGUGCCUCGCCGGAGGGGCGUCGCUUGGUCUCCGAGACGGCGACGACGAGACGGACGACGAGGUCGCCGAGAGAUUGUCGAUGAGAUAUUACGAGGAUGUGGUCAAAAAGCUGGGCAGCAUCGCGGUAUGAAAUUGCGAGCGAGCUUGGGGGGGUCCUCCCCGUCUAAGAGAUCAGCAUGCGUCCAUCACCCGCAUAGUCAGAUCGAUAUACGUAGGGAUCAGUCGUGGCAAAAAAA